AUGCCAUCUGCACAACCACCAGCAUCCCUCGCCUCCAGCUCAUCCGAACCCUCCUACUCCCCCGUCCCCGCCAGCGCGAGCACAACCACCGAGGACCCCAAUACUCGCUCAUCCACCACCCCCACCGUCCCCUCAUCCUCCAGACAGGCAAAUUCUGCCUCCGCCGCAGCCGCAGCCGCAGCAGCCGCAGCGGCGGCGGAAAGAGACAAACCCCGCCUAACAGAACAAGAGAAGAAGAACAACCACAUCGCCUCGGAGCAGAAGCGGCGCGCCGCGAUCCGCGAGGGCUUCGACCGCCUGACGGAGCUGGUCCCGGGACUGGAAGGGCAGGGCCGCAGCGAGAGCAUCGUGCUCCGGAAAACGGUGGAUUUCAUCCACAUGAAGCUCCAGGAGCGGCAGGAGCUGAUUGCCGAGAUCGAGGGGAGGGGCGGGCAUAUUGACGAUGCGUUUCGAACGUCAUGA